ACAAAGGCCGUAAGCCUUUGGUGUAAGUACAUGUCUUUUUGUUAAGAAGAGUGCAUGGCAGAUUUCGGUGAAUAUUUUCAAAACGGUAACGAAUGUUUUAUUUCAAUGCUGAUUUUCUGAAACAAUUUAACUAUAUAGAAUGUUUCAUGAAAUUAAUGUGUCAAACCGGAGUUUGUGGAGUUUUUAAUCGCUGUUAUGUUGUAACUUUAUUUAGAUCUUCUGUGAUACUCCUUUCGGCUUUUUCUCAGCAUGGGUUUUUUGCCAAAGGACUAUUCCACUUCUGUCUCGUCAUACUUUCCAGUCGUAUAAUUUUUUCAGACCUGGGAUAUGUAGGUAAAAACGUGGGCAGUUUUCCGUUUAAAGUUGGGCAGUGGGGAAAGGGGGAGACAUGGAUAGUGUGGAAAAAUAUGGGAAAUCGGAAAAAUAUUCAUGCGAAUUCUUCAUAUGCGCUUAGUGCUGUUCGCAAAGUUACGAGCACUAUCCUAAUUGAACUGUGUCAUUUGGUCUUCCGCUAAGAUACGGACUUUUGACUGAGGAUAGAGGGCUUAAAGGCUGUUCUAAUUAGAAUUUUUGCUUGUCCAAUUCCUUCUUCGACGAGUCGAUUGUAGAUUCUGAUGCAUCAUUUGGGAAUCAGUUCCAGCAGUUAGUGACUUGUUUGGAGAACCAGUACUCCAUCGCGAUACAGUUCCUCCUUGACUUUUGAACUGUCUUGCUAUUUCUUUUGAAGUGUUACGACCUGAUAGAAAAUAAAACAAAGAUACACCAAAUUCAUGGUCAUGUUUUAGAGUUGUGAGCGUCGCCAGAUCUCUGCCUACAAUAUUACGAAUAAGAAGUUUAAUGUACUUAGUCGUUCCAAGUAUGAUAAAUCGACAUACCAGGAAUUAUACUUGUGACCUUCCUCUCUAUACUUUAGAAUGAGUCCCCUUUUAGAAAUAGACAGAGUGUCUGGAUGCAAUUUUCUAACCUUGUCCCCUCUAGAGAUGUGUAUAAAGUGGUAAAAAUUUCACCGGUGUCUGAUCCAACCGAAUGUUCAAAUGUCUGCAAAGCAUGGAAAGACUAGAUUCCUUGCUUUGUCGAUUGGAAAAGGUAACAGUUCUUCUUGAAGCAGUGGCUAAUAACAAGGCUGAUAUGUAUCGGACUUCACCAAUUAAAAUGUCCCCAGAAAGUGGGACUGCUCUAUCAGUCAGGGAAUUUCAUGAGAUCAUCACUGGUCCGUUAUCGGAAUAUUUGCUUAGUAGUUCUAAAAUAGGCGAUGUUGUCAAAACUCAUGCGUCUAUGAUACAGAAGUGUUUUGUAUUACAAGAAGAAGUAAUGAAAUUGGCCGCCGAAUGUUCUGCACCUAGUGACUCUGAAUUCGGAGUUAUUAUCAGUCCUUUGGCGAAAGAAAUAGAAGCAGUUGUUACAUUUAGGGAUACAAAUCGAAGCAGCAAUUAUUUCAACCACCUUUCAGCUGUGUCUGAAUCUGUAGCAGCUUUGGGUUGGCUGAGUGUUAAACCUGCACCAUCAGCCUACGUUAAAACUAUGCAAGAAGCCGGUGAAUUUUAUACAAAUCGUGUAAUUAAAGAAUAUAAAGAAAAGGAUGCAAUUCACCUUACUUGGACAAAAAAUCUCAUGUCAGUUUGGACCGCAUUACAAGCCUAUGUAAAGAAACAUCAUGUUACCGGUCUGGUGUGGAAUGCUCGUGGUAAACCAGCUACAGCCUCAAAACUAUCUAAGUCAUCGCCAACUCGUGAAGUCAAUUCUCAUACCGCUGCUGCCGCUCCACCGCCUCCACCACCUGUCCUUACGGCUUCUGAUUUGGCUGCAAUGUCCAUACAAGGAGGUGAUAAUUCAGCACAAGCUGCUCUAUUCGCUGAAUUAAAUCGUGGUGAGUCAGUGACAUCUCAUCUACGCAAGGUUACCGAUGAUAUGAAAACACAUAAAAAUCCAAAACUACGUGAAACACCAAUCACGCAUACAACACCAACACCAAGAAAUCAUAUGAAUUCAUCACCAGCAUCGGGAGUAAAGAAUGAAUUGUCUACAGCUGGUUGUUUAGAAUUAAGAGGCAAUAAAUGGGUUGUUGAAAACUUUAAAGGUGCAAAAAAUCUACAAAUUGUUGCAACUGAAGCAAAACAAACUGUCUGCAUUUAUAAAUGUAAUGAAUGUACUAUUCAAAUUAAGGGGAAAAUUAAUUCAAUCAUGUUAGAUAGUUGUAAGAAAACUGGUGUAGUAUUUGAUCAUCUAAUAUCAUCCAUCGAUGUGGUGAAUUGUCAAAGCGUUCAGAUCCAAUGUCUUGGUCAACUAGCAACUGUGAAUAUUGAUAAAACUGAUGGAUGUCAAGUGUAUUUGAGUGCAGAUUCUAAAUUUGCUGAUGUAAUCACUGCAAAAUCUUCAGAGAUUAAUAUACUUGUACCAAAAGGAAAUGAUGAUUAUGAGGAGUAUCCAGUCCCAGAACAAUUUAAAACGAAUUUCACUGGAAAAGGAUUGAAGACAGUAUGCACAGACGGACGAUAAUAAAUUUGGCUUGAUAGGAUCCCUUCAACCAUCGGUUGGUGAUUGAUUGAUUGAUUGUUCACGAAAUGCCUAAUACACACCUCCUUUUUUUUCUAACCAGCCGUUUACACCUCGCUUCUUCUGUUAGUACAGUUGUGUUUGUUUUUACCUGUUCACAUACAUGCAAUGGAAUACUGCUUUUAUAUAUCCAUCUAGUAGUAAUAAUAAUAAUAAUAAUGAUCUCUGUUCACAUUUCAAUGUAUCCAGGUUGUUUUAUCCCAGCAUCAAGUUUAAUAUCUGACACUUUUGUUCUAUAUCUUCUUUAUAAUUGGCUUUAUACUGCUUAUUAAAGAUAAAACAAAAGUUUAAUGAUUUUUCUGUUAGUUUUAUUAUUUUAUCUCUCUAGAUGUUUUAAGUAAUACAUUUAUGAGAUGAAUAAUACAAUAGUGGACUAC